AUGGAUGCUCUGCGACACAACAAACUUGACAUUAGUCCUCCUCCGUCGAUCCAUUUGUUCUCUUCUCAUUUCUCGGCUCCCAUCAACCUUUUGAGCGGGCGCUGGCAUUACGGUAAUCAAGAUGAGGAAAAGUAGAGAAAAUAAAAAAUAGAAAUUCAUGGUUAAACGGAAGUGAUUUUACUCUCGAAAGUAAUCAUGCUUUAUAUAGCAGCGAAGAAAAUCAUUAAAUUCUGAGAAUUUAAAAAAUUUUGAACAAUAGAAAAGAGCAGGAAAACGAAAAUUUGCGCAGAGGAAACAAUAAAAAAGCGGGUAAAAUUGGUCAUUGUUUUUUUUCAGUAAUCGAGUUUAAAAUAUGAAAGAAUUCAAACUCAAAAUUGAAUUUUAUAGUUAUUGGUAUACAUAACUCAAAGAAAAACAAAGACAUGUUUUUUCUGUAAUAAAAUCUCUGUAUAAUAACAAAGCGUAAAAAACAUUCAUUUACUUACACAAGCGUCACUUUCGCCCGGUGUAUCUCAAAUAGAGAUGGAAUCCAGCCCCAUGUACCCUACUAAUAUGACUGGUUUAGGGGAAAUUUUUGAAUUUGGAUCAUCCGAACCAUUUGAAAAGCCCCGGGUCGACAAUGUUGAGCCCGUUGAAGAUCUGGGCGACCUUUUUGCCACCUUCUCCAGAUUGGCACCUACUUCAAUUCUAGAAGAGUUCAUCCGCGAUGUCCCGGAUCAUCAAUGCCCUGAGGCAUUUAAUUUCGGUGGCCUGCCACUGGAGAUAAUGUUCGAGAUAUUGUAGGCUAACUUUUUAAAAUUGAAAAAAUCAUUGAAAGAUUAUUCUAAUAAAUUUUAAAAAAUGCUAAAAUUGAUUGCUUUUUUCAGCGGCCAUCUGGACAACGUUACCGCGCAAACCUUGGCCGAACUGAUAGGUCUUAAAAUGGACCCAAAGAAGGCGGCCGUUCAGUAAGUAUUCUAUGAUUAAAAAAACAGAAGACCCCGUAAAGAACAAAAAAAUAAAGAUGUAAAACAAACCCGUCAAGAAGUCUAAUCUAGAUAAUCUUUUCAGUGUUUUCAAGCAUGAACACCGCUACCGAGAAGUGUACGAUGAGGCCCUGGGGCAAUAUCCCCAUAUGAAGUGGCUCACCGUUUUGGUAAAUAAGAAUAUUUUUUAUCGCAAAAUUUUUAACAAAAUAUCUGAAUGUAUUAUACAUAUACAUAUCGUAGUUAAAAAAAUUAAAAUUUUCAAAAAUGAAGUACAAUAAUUUUCAAUUUCAGGUGGAAGUAGAGCCGGCCUAUGUCCUCCAGGAAGACGCCCUCAAAAAGAGGUAUGUGCGUGGCAUGAAGUAUUUCCACAUCAGAAGAUGGACCUCAUUUGGCGGUCGCAAAUUCUUCGUGGUUACCUAUGAAGUGACGAAGAAUUAG